UGGAGGAGGCGUGUGUGACAUUUGCUGCUAGUAGCUAGGGGUAGCGAAAAUAUGUUGCCUUAUAGUGUUGGAACAGACGCCACAACUUAACUUUAUCUCUCCUUCAUCAUGUGGACAAUUUUUCGGUUGUAUUCGAAAGGCUGAAAAAGCUUUAGUAGUCGCUUAUUUUUAACUUGUACUGUACUCGCAGUCGGGUGUUGAGGUCGUUGCACUGCUCAAAUGUUAAUCCUCAUCACUUAGCUGCUCUUAGUAUCUUUAUUUUUAAUAUUCCUGUGUGAAUGGCGGCUGUAAUUCAGCUCGCUCUCUCAGGCUGACAGGUCCUGGUUACCGGUGUACCUUUUCCAAUCGCUUUAUAUUCCACUUCAGGGAUUUUCUUGUGUAACUACAGAAGAGGUGUCCAGCAUGCUGCUCUCUCUGGUUGUCCACACUUACUCGCUGCGGUACUGGUUCCCAGCCACCGUCAUGCUGGGCACUGCCCCGGUCUACGUGCUCUCCUGGGCGGCCUGGAGGUUCCUCUCCAGCGCCCUUCCUGCCAGGUUGUACCACCAGUUUGACGAUAGACUGUACCACAUCUACCAGAGCAUGGUCCUGUUCUUUUUUGAAAACUACACAGGAGUGGAGAUUAUCAUAUACGGAGAUAUACCAAAAAGCAAAGAGAAUGUCAUCUACCUGUCCAAUCAUCAAUGUACAGCUGACUGGAUUAUUGCAGACAUGCUAGCCAUUCGACAGAGCGCCCUGGGUCACGUCAGAUACGUUCUCAAAGAUGGACUCAAGUGGCUGCCGUUGUAUGGCUUUUAUUUUUCUCAGCAUGGAGGAGUCUAUGUCAAACGAAGUGCCAAGUUUAAUGAAAAGGCGAUGAGGAAGAAACUCAUCCGUCAAACUCAGGCCGGAGCACCAAUGUACCUUGUCAUCUUCCCUGAGGGAACUCGAUAUAAUCCAGACCUCAAGAAUGUUAUCGCUGACAGUCAGGCUUUUUCAGCGAAAGAAGGCCUUGGCAUUCUGAAACACACACUCACGCCAAGAAUGAAAGCAUCCCAUGUAGCCAUCGAGACCAUGAGGGAUCAUCUUCAUGCAGUUUAUGACGUCACAGUCGCCUAUGAGUCAAAGCAGUUUGCCAAAGGUCAGAGGAAACCAGCACCUUCAAUGCCAGAAUUCCUGUGUAAAGAAUGUCCCCGGGUCCACAUACACUUCGAACGUGUGGACAUAAAGGAAAUUCCUUCGGAGCCGCUGUUUUUCCGCCGGUGGCUGCACGAGCGGUUUGAAAUCAAGGACCAGUUGCUGUCGGAUUUCUACGAGUCAGAGGAGGCAGAUAAACUAUGCAGCUUCCCAGGGAAAAGAAGACUGUCUCCCCUGGGUCUCUCCAAAACCUUGCCCUCCCUGAUGGUCCUGGGAGGACUCACUCUGCCUCUGCUGUUGACGGAGUGCGGCAGGAAACUGUACGUGAGGACCUGGGUGUAUGGAACCCUGCUGGGCUGGCUGUGGGUCAACGCUUUUCCUUAACAAAGACGCACAAAAAAACACGCAGACGGUGCCAUGUUUCUGUAUCCCGAUGUGCUGCGGAGAGGAAUCCGAUCAGCGGCGCAGAUUCCCUCCUCGUCUGGUCUCAAUCUUUGAGACGAACAGCUACAGACUUUUGUGCACUUUGUUGUCUCGCUGUCUUCAGACUGGCAGCCUGUUAUUAUGAGCAAGCAAAAGUAGAUUUGUUCGAGUUCUUGUCUCAUCGCCGAGGACCACCCUGUUAUUAACGUUUGUAUUGAAAUAGACACUUGCAUGAUGGUGGUGAGAUCAAUAUUGGCCGAUCCCAAGCCUUGUUUCUGACAAGUGACGCCAGUGGGACUAUUAUUCUUGUCGUCAAAAUCCCGAUCGAGCCAGAAUAGCAUUCAUUCUUUAGACACGUCUCGCGCAUAUAAACCGUCAUUUCCCAACAUGAAUGGAUCGGCUGACAUGGUCCUCACACUCCAGCGAGCUUGUCCUCGCUGCCUGUGACAUUUAUAAUCAUUAUUACAGUCACUCAGCCCUGCAGCUCUGAUGCUCAGUUUUAUGACUGCAGAUGUUCUUCACUGGUUUAUCUCGUUUUUUUUUUGUUUUUUUUUUAUUCUGAAUGUAGCUAUGAAGCGAAUAUGCAUUUAUCAUUUUUUAACUACUCACAGACUGCCUGUGCUGCUGCACCUAUUUAACUCUUAACAAGCCAGCGCUGGCCUGUUGGAGGCAGGGGAUAGUAGUGUUCAUGCAAGUUUGACACGCCGUGACCUCAUGCUUGUUUGCAGCACUUCCUAUAGCUUUUUCUCCAGGUAGGAGAAACUGGCACUUUGGUUUAUUUUCAUUUUGCCACGGGAGGUGAACAUGUUGUGUUUUGGUGAAACAUGCCGCUUCGUGUUCUUUCCUUUGUUAGGGCCUUUAAAUGGCAAAAGAAAGGAGUGAUGGCAGAUUUUCAAGUUUCAAGCAUGAAAAAGAGGCUGUUAAAAAAAUAUGUUGAGCUGUAGUCUGCCCAAGGCCAUUACUGAUUAUUUUUCGCAAGUGUGUUGAGAGCCCAAGAAACACUUUGAUUCUACCGUAGUGUGUAGAAGUGUCUACCGAAUUGCUUUGAGUAGAUGAAAACAUUUGUAAUCCAAAUUUUCCCAAAUUAUUUUAUGUUUUUCUGAGUGAGAUUCAGCAACGCCGUUUGAAUACUGACCAUCUAUACAAGGUGUUACAGGAUAAAACAGAACAAUAGAUUUACAAUGUACUUAGUUAAAAGUCACGUACUAAUAAUUUGAGAAAAGUUUUUGACAAUAGUUGUACUGGAUUUGAUUGAGUAAAACAAGGAGGACUUGCUUUAGGUAUUUAGACUGAGACCUGUGCCAAAAUUAUAAAUAUAAAAAAUAUUGUUCAUAUUUAUCUAAAAAAAAUAGUAUACUAAUAUAAUUAAAAUGUGGUAACCUGACACAUCUGUCCUGUAAUGCCUUGUUUUCUUUUCUUUUUUUUCCAUCUUUCAUAUUUAACUUCUCAUCUAUCACUUUAAAAACCUUGAUAUGCUGAUAUAUCUUUCUGUGGAGGGUGAUACACUCUUCUCCUCUUGAAAUAUAAGUAUACUCUCAUUGAGUUUAGCCUGGUCCCAACAAGCACUUACAAGUUGUAAAACUAUAUUUAUGCCAGUGUUUUGGGUCAAAUGUAUGGAAUGCUGAGAGUGAAAUAAGAUGCUACGUACACUUCCUUGGCAAAGUUUGCUCAUAAAUUCGCAUGUCAAUGUGUAUCUUAGUCAUAGUUAGUCUGUCUGUCAUUGCCAAAAUCCUGUGUAUUUGCCAUGACGCUGGUUUAAAAUAAGCAAUAAUUCAUUGGCAAAUGGAAAAAAAAUGAUGUGUUGUGUCGUUCAGUUGUCUGUUUUACGUGACGUGUCACACUUUCAGGAAUGUUGCUCCAAGAAAACGCAGAGAAGCCAUGAUGACGGUCAACCAGGUUCCUGUGCACUCAAAGCCAUUUGUACUUUAACAUUGUUCUGUGAAGUGCACAGUGUUGAUGGUGUUGUAUUGUCACUUUAUACAUUCUCAGUGUUCGAUUAUUAUUAUUUUUUUUUUCCCAGUGCGGAUGGUUAAUGUCCUGGUUGUUACUCGUCACUCCUAUACCUCAUUAGAAGACUCUGUCCCUGGUUUCCUGCUUGUCAGCACUUUUCUAGCCUAUUUCUAUCCUGACAAGGUCAACAUCAGGAAACUCUGUAGACUCUAUUGAGAUGCCAACUGUUUGGAAACGUGUGCCUUCCCUUCAAGGAGUCCAUCCUCAGUGGAUGCUUCCCACAUGGGACUCCAUGGAGGCGGUCACCUCUUCUACAGCUCAUAGUGGCUUAUUUUGCUCUUCAGAAACUUGGGUUUACACUUUUGUGAGAAUUAUUAUAAUGUUGAUUUGAUAUGCUCUGGUGUUGGGGGGAUGAUGUGAAAUA